AUGAGGGCCGAGUUGAGAUCCAGUGCUCGGUUGAUAGCUCAGGUCCAGCCAUUUCGUCUCGCUGCUGGUACCACCGUAAUAGCGCUCAUCAUCAACCCUCAAUAUCUCCGAAGGAUCCUCGUGACAACAUCACAUUAUAUGCACGACUUGUUGUCAAAAGCUCUUUUCGAUGUUUCUCAGGCGCUCUUCGGUUUCAAGCACGAUGACAGCAUUUCCAAUCAGCAUAUACGCUUGAUUUAUCUAUCAGAUUCAGCAUUUAGCUCAUCUCCUAGCCCCUUCAAACUCGAUGAAUGUCCGCCGUACAUCGCCCUUUCUUACACCUGGGGUCCGGUUACGCAGAGCACGUUUAUCGACCAGAGUAGAAUUCUUCUGGAUACAAGGCCAUUCCCGGUGUUGCCAAACUUACACCAUGCGACCAAGCAAUUAUGCAUCUCAAGAUCAGGCCAGUACCUCUGA